CUUUAAAUGUGUGCUUGCCCUUGCUAUGUUAAUAUUAUUUGUGUUGUGGCGGUGCUGGCGGCGGUAUCAUAUAUAGACGCACGCGGACAACAUGACACCCUGUGAAAAAUUGGAAAAUUGUGAGGUAUGUGCCAAAGUUAGUGCCAAAUAUACCUGUCCCAAGUGCGAGGUUAGAACUUGCUCUCUCAAAUGUGUAAAUAUCCAUAAGAAGGAGCUCGACUGUAGUGGCAUACGUGACAAAACUAAAUUUGUGCCUUUGAAACAAUUUACUGAUUUGGAUCUUCUGAGUGAUUAUCGAUUGCUCGAACAAGUGGGAAGAUCAGUUGAUCAAUUGCAGAGAGAUGAAUCCAAAAAAUAUGGACGAUUCCAUAAUUUACCAACACAUUUGCAUAAAUUGAGGCAGGCAGCAACUAAGAGCAAAGUGCAACUAGAAUUCAUGCCUCAAAAUUUCUCCAGGCACAAACAAAAUACAACAUUUUUCAAUUGGAAGACUAAUGAAUUAUUUUGGAGGAUAGAGUGGAUAUUUCCUCAAGCUGAGAAUACCAAAUGUGUGACACAAAGAGCUCUCGAGACUUCACGAUUAUCGGACUUACUAGACAAUAUACUAGAUCCAUUGAUGAAUUCUAAUAAUGUAACAGCUGACGAUAUGAAAGAGAGAGAACUUGUUGCUGAUAAGCUUCAGUUCUAUUGUUCAUCUGGUCUAAGUGGAAUUAAAGUAUUUCUAAAGGCUGAGAAAGUGAAGAAAUCUGAUUCUAGAUUUUAUCAACUCGAUGUUACAGAGAGUCUCAAAGAAAAUCUCGCCAACAAAACCAUCAUUGAAUUUCCAAUUAUUUAUAUUGCUCUGAACGAUCAUGCACAUAUAUUUGAAACUAUUGAUUCAGAUGCAGAUGAAGAAGAAGAAGAACAACAACAACAACAAGAGAUUGAAACGAAAUUGAAAUUGAAUAGGAGGACAAAUUAUUGGAAAAAUCCAAGGAGAAAUCCAACAAGUAACAAUCUCCGGCAUAAAGACAAGAUUAUAAAGCAAGUGUCUCCCGUCAACUUUUUCUUCAACAACAACGCUUCAUCGGAGUCUGAGAAUGAAUCUAUGGACCAAAGUUGAUGAAAAAUAUGAAAAAUAUCUUGAAGAAAAGAAAUUAAUCAUUACCAAUUUUUAACAAUUGUAACAAAAUAACUAUAAUCAUGAUACACAUUAAUUAUA